UGGCCACUUCCUUAACUCAAAUUGUACACCUAACACCUCUUUCUCUUUCUACCUCUUCCUUUGAUCGGUUUUUUCUGCUUUAAUUAUAACUCUUCCUUUGAUCGGUUUUUUCUGCUUUAAUUAUAACUCUUCCUUUGAUCGGUUUUUUCUGCUUUAAUUAUAGUCAUUUUGAUAAAAAAAAAAUGGAGGAAUUGAGUCACAGAAAACGAGCUCGAGUUGACUCGGCUGAGUCUCACUGGGACACCGACUUCGAGGCGAAGAGGAUCAAGGAAGAUCUCUUGAGUCUACUCAACGACUCGGAACUUGUACCUGAACGUGAUUCAGUGAGUCAAGAUCUGGACUCGGUAAUUCGGAGCUUCGAGGAGGAGAUUACCGGACCAGGAUCUCCAUCUUCUCCAGCGAAUCUUAUUGAUUUAACGUCAAAUUCCGGUGAUUCAAUGCUGGAGUUAGGACAGUUUUCUGAUGACGUAUUGGAGAAGACUGAAACUCGAGUUGCUGACGGUUUGAUGGGAAUCGGCGAGUUUUGGGAUUUCCCAAGCGUGUUACCGGGUUAUGACUCAUUUGGGCUAGGGAUCGAAUAUGGGCAGGAUCACGGAAUCAGUGAGUACGUGGCGUUAGAUGGAAUAUUUGAUUACUCUGAUGUUAAUUUGGGGUCGGAUUUUAAAUUGAGACCGGAAACUAUGCCAGCUAUUUAAUUGACUUUUAAACAAUGGUCUCGUUUAACAAUUGUUAACCGGUUUGAUGAGUUAUUCGUACAAAGCUGGUUAAAUUAGUGGUUUGUGUAAAGUAUUUGAUAAAUUAUUCGUUAGAUAUUUAAUAUUUAAAUGACUUUUUAAGGACGUUGAUUAAGUGUGGUAGGUUGGUAAAUGUUGUAAUUUAAUAUAACUAGCUUCUGAGUCCGUUCAAUGAACGGACAAUUA